AUGGACAAUGUCAAUAACGUCACUGAAUUUAUCCUGUUGGGACUUUCCCAGAACAAGAAAAUUAAAAAUGUUUGCUUUCUACUCUUCUUAUCUUGCUACAUAGCUAUUUGGAUAGGAAACUUACUCAUAAUAAUUUCCAUCACAUGCAGUCAACUCAUAGACCAACCUAUGUAUUUCUUUCUUAAUUACCUUGCUCUCUCAGACCUGUGUUAUACCUCAACAGUGACACCCAAGCUAGUCAUUGACUUACUGGAAGAAAGAAACACAAUUUCUUAUACUAGCUGCAUGACCCAGCUUUUUGCUAUGCACUUCUUUGGGGGGAUUGAGGUCUUCAUCCUGACAGUGAUGGCCUAUGAUCGCUACGUGGCUAUCUGCAAGCCCUUGCAUUAUGCCAUCAUCAUGAACAAAAGGAAGUGUGAUGUGAUCAUCAUUGCUUGCUGUACUGGGGCAUUUCUGCACUCCUUUUUUCAGUGUCUCCUCACUAUCAACCUACCUUUCUGUGGCCCCAACGAGAUAGAUCAUUACUUCUGUGAUGUGUAUCCUUUGCUGAAACUGGCCUGUACUGACACAUACAGAGUCGGGAUCCUGGUUGUUGCCAAUUCGGGCAUGAUGGGUUUGGUGACUUUUGUGGUCUUGUUGCUGUCGUACUUUUUGAUAUUAUACACCAUCAGGGCUUUCCCUACUGAAAACCGCAGCAAAGCUCUUUCUACUUGCAGUUCCCACAUAACAGUUGUGGUUCUAUUCUUUGUGCCUGUCCUGUUCAUUUACAUUAGACCAGCCAUCAUUUUUCCAGAAGAUAAAGUUUUUGCUCUUUUCUACACCAUCAUUGCCCCCAUGUUCAACCCUCUGAUUUACACUUUGAGAAACACAGAGAUGAAGAAUGCCUUGAGGAAAAUAUGGUGCCAGAAUCCAUUUCUGAUUGGAAGACAAUUUAUAUAA